ACUUGGCUUGCUUCACCGGUCUACCCUCUACCCUCCCUCACCCCAUUGGAAAGCGAGGGGAAAACAGAGCCGAAAUAAAGAAGAAAAUUUCACUUGAAGAAACGUUUUUGAUUCUUCGUCUACUUCUGCAUUAAAUACAGAGUAUCAUUGCUAUACGUCUUUCUCACUCUACCACCCCUCUCUCUCUCUCUCUCUGUGUAUACACACACAUACACACACACACACAGCACAGCAAGUUGAAGUGAGUGAUUGAGGAGCAGGUGAAGAUCAUUCAUUAUCUUUUCCACGAUGAGAAAGGCGCUUUGGGUUUUCCUCAACCUUAUGGCUUUUCACUAUUUUCUGGUGUUUAGAACCAAUGCUAUGGUACAAGAGAAGGCAGAGGCAACCAUCCCUGUUACCACCUUAUCACCUCCCGAAGGCAACACCACAUUCCUCGGUGGCACAACGUGGUGUGUAGCUCGACCGGGGGCCUCCCCCACUGAUCUGCAGAUUGCCUUGGAUUGGGCUUGUGGGUUGGGGAAAGCAGACUGCCGAGCAAUCCAAGCCGGUGGGCCGUGCUUCGAUCCCGACACCCUGCUUUCUCAUGCAUCCUAUGCUUUCAACAACUACUACCAACAAAAUGGCAACUCUGAUAUUGCCUGCUACUUUGGAGGCACAGCUGCUUUAACUCAAAAUAAUCCUAGUCACGGAAGAUGUGUGUUUGCCACUUCAUCAGAGUCUAUAAAAGCUUCAGCAGCAUCUUCAUGGGAACACAAGGCGAAAAGUAUAUGGUGGAAGAUUGAUGUAAUCCUACUGCUUCUCUAUCUUGGACAAAGAUGAUCCUCUGCAUCGAUGAGCAUGAAUUGCUUAUAAACAACUGAUGACGAGGUGGGAGCGAUUGUUUGUGGAGUUUUUGGGUUAAGUAUGCUUUGCUGUGUUGCUAGUUUAAGUAUCCUUGGCAAUGUAAAGUGUCAUGAUCCUUUUUGCUCUUUUGGUUUUCCUUUCUCAAUACGUUAGUGUUCAUCUUUCUUUCUCUAGCUUUAAUUUGUUCUAGUUUAUUCCAGAAUUGACUAAGAAUUUUCCAUCUGUCCCAUUUUCCCCUUGAAUCUUCUGGGCCGUGUGUACAUUAUUAUGGCUAAUACAAACGCUGCUUGUAAUAAUGAUCAUAUGCAAUAGGAGAAGAAU